CAGUGCCUAUCGCUGAUCUUGCCCUGUCUGUAUUCAAGUGCAUGUUAAGAACUUUGAUCACAGCGAUUGUCAUCAUGGCUUUGAACCGCUGGAAAGCACAGUCCCUAAGCCUUGUCCUGCUGUUUUUUGUCAACAACUCUCUGUGUCGCUUUCUAGAUGUUUUUUUGCAGAGAAAUGAAGCAAGCAGUAUCCUGCAAAGAGCAAAGCGUGAAAACACUGUUUUAGAAGAAGUCAAACUGGGGGAUCUUGAACGGGAGUGUCUGGAAGAAAAGUGCUCUUAUGAAGAAGCUUCGGAGAUAUUCAGGAUAUCGGAUAACUUAGAAUCAUUCUGGAGGAUUUAUAGCGAUGGGAACCAGUGUGAUUCUGGACCUUGUCAAAAUGGGGCUGCAUGUGUAGACCAAGUGCAGUCCUAUAUAUGCUACUGUCGUGAAGGGUAUGAAGGAAGAAACUGCCAGUCAGAAACUGAAGACCCUGCAAGUUGUGUUACCAAUAAUGGGGGAUGUGAGCAUUUCUGUAAUGACACAAAGGGCUCUCUUCAGAAAUGUGGAUGUGUGGAAGGCUAUGUCCUAGACAAGGACAACACCUCCUGUAUUCCACAAGUGCCAUACCCCUGUGGAAGAAUACCCAACUUGGAUGUUCUUGCAUACCCGAGGAUAGUGCGAGGAACCAGGUGUCUCAAAGGAGAGUGUCCCUGGCAGGCUUAUCUCAAGUAUUUGGAUACUUUCCUAUGUGGCGGUAUUAUAGUAAGUCCCACCUGGGUUGUGACUGCUGCGCAUUGUGUGCAUAACACCUCUGUCUCAAAGCUACAAGUUGUGCUGGGCGAGAACAGAAGAAGUGUGAUUGAAGGGAAUGAGCAAGUGAAGUAUGUGGCUGAAAAAAUUGUUCAUAAGGACUACAGUGUCAGCAUCAUAGACAAUGACAUAGCACUGCUGAAGCUGAAAACUGCCAUUACUUACAACGAUUACGCCAUCCCCAUCUGCCUGCCGGACUGGCACCUGGCGGUCCACAAACUGGCAUCCAUCAAGUUCUCUACAGUGAGCGGCUGGGGCCAGUAUGCAGAAGAUGGACCGACAGCUGAUUAUCUACAGAGACUUGAGGUUCCACGAAUCAAAACACAGGACUGCAUAGCCAGCUCCAACAUUAUCAUUACUGACAACAUGUUUUGUGCGGGUUACACAGAGGGACGGCAAGAUGCUUGUAAAGGAGACAGCGGUGGACCACAUGUCACAAAGUACAAGAACACCUGGUUUCUGACUGGGAUUGUGAGCUGGGGGAAGGGAUGCGCGCAGCCAGGCUUCUAUGGGAUCUACACGAGAGUGUCCAGGUACCUGGACUGGUUAAAGGAGCACAUGUCUUCAUAACCCGUGUCCAUUCCAUGAUUAAUUCAUUACGUCAGCAAAUAGAAUUGUAAACAAAAUCCACAAACUGUUUGACAGUUGUCAAAUCCCUGAUCUUAUAUUUGACCCUGUAAUGAUUAUGUUGUUCUUUCACAGAACAAAAAAGUCAGCCACCAGCACUACUUGUCAUUUCUCCAAAUUGCCAUGGUAUCUUCAAGUGUGUAUUUAUUAUGGAUGUUGUUGGCUUUGUUUUAACAUUAACCAAAAUAAAGCAAAUUAUUAA